CUAUCUUUAGUCAAGGAUAAAAGGACAAAUCCAUUCUGUCUUCUAGGUGGGGUGUUAGUUCUGGAGAAACGAAAACGAAAAUGACAAAGCACUUAAAUAGCAGGUUGCUGAAGUCGACAGCCGGAGAAGAGGCUGCGAUGAGCUUGCGCACAGACCGAAUGAGAGACGGCUAGACAAAGUUUGACCAGGAAAAUAUUCAUGUUGGUCGGAUGUCACGCUUGUGUUACUGGUCUUAAGUUCAUCAUCUACCACAUGCACAACCAUGGAAAGCUUGAUUUUAAUGACUGGGAGAAGCGGACCUAAUAAUGAUACUGAUACUGUCCAAAGUGAGAAUGCUCGCCGAGGUGGAAGGAGAAGACGAAGGGGAGCACAAGGAGACAGAGAAAGAGCACAAAGUCAUGGGAGUAGUCAAGGUGAAAGGGAGGAAAGGAAAAGAGACAGUGAAGAGCUCCGUGGGAGAGGAAGGGGAAGAGGUGGUGGAGCAGGAGGAGGUGCAGAGAGAGGUAGAAGAAGAGGAGCAAUAGAGGUGGGCCGCAAUACAGAAAGGGGAGGCAGACAAAGAGGUGCUGGAAGAGAUAGAAAUGAAUGGGAAGGUGCAGAGAGAUGGAGAUCAGAAGUAGGAAGAAACCCAGAAGCAGGUCCGGUUGUUAGACUAGGAGCGAGAAUGGGGAUGGCAGGGAGAGAAGAACGUGGAGACAGAAGAGAAGGUUGGAGGGGUGAGAGAAGAGAUGUUGAGGGAGACAGGCAAGAUAGAAAUGGAAGGAGAUCAAAUUCUGCCAGCACAGCUAGGCCACCACAGGGCCGAGGACUGGGCUUUAAAGCCCUGGAAGAACUCUCUCUAAAAGACCCAUCUGUAGUGGCCAUUACCAUGUCCUCACAUCCUUCUGUGAAAGAUCUCCUCAGUGAGACCAAAAUAAGGCAGGAUCUUAUCGAACUCAUUUGCUUGGUGCUGAGUAAAGCCUUUAAAUCAAGGACAGACAGAGGCACUCAGCAGCACCUGGCUGGCAUUAUAAAAGAUUCAGGGUUCUUCUGCACCUCUCUACCCCACUAUCUUGUGGGGAUGGUGUCAGAUAGCAAACCUGCUCGCAGAGCACAAUACCCACAGCAUCUGGAAAAUAUCCUGGUGAUUCUCUCACAGGUGCUUAACAUCUUCCCUGCUAGUUCGGUUCAUACAGUGAGUUUGUUACUGACACUGCUCCAAGCCUCCAUUAACAGCCUGAGGGCAUCAGGUGUGGACUUUCAGCCUCAAAUUGAGGAAAGUGUGGAGCAACUUCAGGACCUGAUCACACACCUCCAGAAUAGAGCAAGAGAGGGUACCCUGCGCUCAGACAGAGACACAUAUGCAUUCCUGCCCUCUGGUGGUGGUAACCCAGAUGAUGAAGAUCAACAGGAUUUCAGGACCAUACCAAUCUACCCAACUCCACAGGAGUUCCGACAGGAGCAUAGGCCUUUCCUUAGACCUAACAUUACCUCCCAGAGCUACACAAACACCCACCUCUACCUUGAUACACACUUCCGGCUGCUCAGAGAGGACUUUGUGCGACCACUGCGUGAGGGGAUUCAGCAAUUGCUCCAGAACCAAAAAGAUAUCGGAAGGACCAACAGCCCACUAAAGACAAAGCGCUUUGAUGAUAUCAGAAUAUAUUUUGACGCACAGCUAGUGGUGCCCAAAUGCACACACACUGGCAUUGCCUACAUUGUCCAGUUUGACGCACAGCCACUUAAGUUUGUACGCUGGCAGAACUCCAAGAGAUUGCUUUAUGGCUCCCUGGUAUGCCUGUCAAGUGAUAACUUCGAGAGCUUCCUGUUUGCCACAGUGUCAGAUCGAGACCCUGAACAUCUGCAGGAAGGACUGGUCCAGAUUACAUUUACAGAGGAGAGCAGGUUAAAGCUGGCAAGGAUUGAGAAAGAUCGAGUGUUUCUGAUGGUCGAGACCACUGCCUACUUUGAGGCUUAUCGGUAUGUUCUAGAGGGCUUACAGGAGCAGAGGGAGGAUGAUUUGCCCUUUCAAAGGUACAUCGUGGAAUGCAAGACAGAUGUCCAACCGCCAGCUUAUCUUCGAAGAAAUGAUAAUUAUGACUUGUCAUCUGUUGCUGACCCCGACUACAAGGCCAGAAUACGGCCCUUUCACAGUCUGAAGACAGAGGCCUGGCCAAGGAUGGAGGAGUUGGGUCUGGAUGAGUCUCAGAUGAAAGCCUUCCAGCUGGCCCUCACAAAAGAACUGUCUAUCAUACAAGGACCUCCAGGCACAGGAAAAACCUACGUUGGUCUAAAGAUUGCUCAGGCACUCUUGACCAACCAGGAACUCUGGAGAGAUCAACCUGACAUGGCUCCGAUGCUGGUUGUGUGUUACACCAACCACGCCCUGGAUCAGUUCCUUGAGGGUAUUCAUAAAUUUUUAAAAGAUGGCAUAGUGAGAGUUGGAGGUCGCAGCAACAGUGAGAUCCUGAAGCGUUUCAAUCUGAGGGAGCUGACCCAUUCACCUAACUUCAGACGAACACUGCCCGGUCAUCUGCGUAAUGCAUAUAAUCAGGUUUACAGGCAGCUGUGUGAAGAGGAGAAGGAGAUCGAGGAACAGAGUAUAAUGUUGGAAUGUUCUUUGAAAGGUGUGUUGAGGGAAAGCUUCUUACACAAGUUCAUCUUGCGCCGACACUGGGACAGCCUGCAUCGCCCCCCUGCAAUGGAUGAAUUUCAGACCUGGAAUGAGAAGAAGCCCAACCUGAUGAUGGAGUGGUUGGGUUUGGGUUCCACUGUCUUCCUCCAGAGGGAGACAGAGAAUGCGAAUGGAAAUGAUGUAUCAAUGGAGGUGGAUGAAGAAGAGGACCUCAUUGAAAUCGCUGAGGAGGCAGAUCUGAUCCAGGCAGAGCGGAUUAUUGAAGACAACUUUGGUCCCAGAGGCAUUAGAGAUGCCAGGAAGAAGGAAGAAAUGCAGGAUGCUGUCAGAGAAGUCGAGGAUCUCAUGCUUGCUAUGAACCUGGAUAAAGCUAAAAUACAGGCUGAGCAGAGUGAAGAAGGAUUCAAGUUCCAACCAGACCAGAGGAAAAAGAUGAAGAAAAAAAUCAGAAACGAAAUUAGGAAGACCUCAGCUAUGACUGAAAGAGAGGAAGAUAACGUGUUUGAUGUUUGGACUCUUAGUCAGCAAGACAGAUGGAAGCUCUAUCGGUUGUGGGUGUCACGCUACAGGACGGAGCUUCGCGAAAAAGCCCUGCUAUCUGAACAAGCCUACCAGAAUGCAGUGGACAGAUUGGCUGAUGUAAAACGGCAUGAAAGUCUCUGUCUCCUCAAAAAAGCCACGGUUGUUGGCAUGACAACAACAGGGGCAGCAAAGUUUCGUCAAACCCUGCAGGAAGUGCGUCCACGUCUGGUGAUUGUAGAAGAGGCUGCAGAGGUUCUUGAAGCCCACACCAUCACCACAUUGAGCAGAGCAUGCCAACAUCUUAUUCUGAUUGGAGACCACCAACAGCUGCGCCCUAGUGCCACAGUUUAUGAACUCGCUAAGAACUUCAACCUGGAGAUGUCCAUGUUUGAGAGAUUAGUGAACAUGGGACUGCCUUUUGUCAGACUGAACUACCAGCAUCGUAUGAGGCCAGAAAUUGCCCGUCUUCUGACCCCACACAUCUACAAAGAGUUAGAAAACCAUCCUUCUGUGUUGGAGUACGAAAACAUCAAGGGCCUAAAGACCAAUUUGUACUUUGUGGACCACAACGAACUAGAAGAAGAAAUCAGAGAUGGAAAAAGCCAUCAGAACCGUCAUGAGGCAAUGUUUGUUGUAGCUCUUUGUCACCACUUUCUCCUGCAAGACUACAAACCAGAGCAAAUUACCAUCCUCACAACCUAUACUGGCCAACUCCACUGUCUGCGUAAACAUAUGCCAGCCAAGGAGUUUGCAGGUGUCAAAGUGCAUGUAGUAGACAAGUACCAGGGAGAAGAGAAUGACAUUGUAUUGUUGUCGCUUGUCCGUAGCAACCGACAGUCUAAAGUUGGCUUCUUGAACAUUUCCAAUCGUGUCUGUGUAGCGUUGUCACGUGCCAAGAAAGGUCUCUACUGUAUUGGCAACAGAGUGAUGCUGGACCAAGUCAAACUGUGGAGCAAAAUCUUCCACACCUUGAGAGAGAAAGAUCAGGUUGGAAAGGCUCUGACUCUGUGCUGUCAGAAUCAUCCAGAUCGAGAGGUAAAAGUAUCAAAUGCUGACGAUUUCAGACAAGCACCCGAGGGAGGCUGCACCCAGCCUUGCCAGUUCCGUUUAGACUGUGGCCACGUUUGUGCUAGGGUCUGUCAUCCAUAUGACCCAGAGCACAAGAAGUAUAAGUGUGUCAAAAAGUGUGAGAAGAUUUUAUGUGAUCUGGGACACAAAUGCACACUUCUAUGCCACAAAGAAUGCCCAAAGAACUGUCCAGUAAAGGUUGAGAAGAUCAUACCCAAGUGUCAACACACACAAAUGAUUCCUUGUCACCAGGACCCAAACACAUUUACAUGCCAGGAGCCUUGCCAGAAGUUGCUCAGCUGUGAACAUCCAUGUAAGUCAGUCUGCGGGUUACCAUGCACCAGUAAGUGCAAGGUGAAGGUCAUCUUAAAACUUAGGUGUGGACACACCCAGGAAGAUGCAUGCUUUUACAAAGAUUGCAUCGAUAAGGCUGAAUGUAAGGCCCCAUGUGAGCACCAGCUAAAAUGUGGACAUGCUUGCCGUGGUACCUGCGGCAAAUGUUUUCAGGGACGCUUCCACUUUCCCUGUUCUCACAAAUGCGAACGUCUCCUCAUCUGCUCUCACCAGUGCAAGGAACCUUGCACUGGUGAUUGUCCUCCUUGUCAGAGACCUUGUGAGAAUUGCUGUGUCCACAGUAAGUGCAUGAAGCCAUGUGGGCAGCCAUGUGCUCCUUGUAGAGAGCCCUGUGAAUGGCAGUGUGCUCACCAUCGCUGCAAUAAGCUUUGCUAUGAGCCAUGUGAUCGCCCACCAUGCACUGAACCCUGCAACAAGACCCUAGAUUGUGGCCACCCGUGCAUUGGACUGUGCGGAGACAAAUGCCCAAGUAAAUGCCGCAUCUGUCACCACGAUGACGUCACAGAGAUUUUCUUUGGCACUGAAAAUGAGCCAGACGCUUACUUCAUUCAGCUGGAGGAUUGUAAACACAUCAUUGAGUACACAGCUAUGGACAUAUACAUGGGUAUGGAUGAUAACAACCAGGCAAAUGAAGUAGAGCAGGUGGCCAUAAAACUAAAGGAAUGCCCCAAGUGUCGCACUCCGAUCAGAAAUAAUCUGCGCUACGGAUCUCAGAUCAACCGCAGUCUGGAAGAGAUAGAGAUGGUAAAGGAGAAGAUAAAUGGACAGCAGUCAGAUAUUGAAAAAAAGAAGGAAGCACUUCAAACUCAGUGGUGUGAAAACCUUCAAACCUAUGAAAUGGAUGACCAAAAGGAAUAUAUGCUUAUCGAAGAAAGUCUGGAAAAACCCUACCUCACAGCAAAUGAUCUAUGGGUAGUGGAAAACAAGAUGGAUUUCUUAAUAAGAGUUCAGAAGCUUCUGAAGAUUGAGAAGAAAGACAUGUUGGACAUGGAUCGCGACAAGUUCUUGAGGAACGUUGCAGAGUUUGUGUGUUGGCUCAAUAGCUACCACCAAAAAUUCACAGACCAGCAGGUCUUUGAUUUGCAGAGAGAGCUACAGAGACUCAAUCUCCUGGCUGAACUGAAUGUUCGUUGCCAUUUGGCAAAUAAGAGGAGACAAACGGAUCAAAUUCAAUCAGACGUACAAAAAAUAAGAGAUAUUUUGGAAACGUGGGGUCAAUUCACUGAGCAAGAUGAGCAAAAAGUGAAGGAAGCCAUGAAGAAACUAGAUGAGAAGUUUCCACUCAGUGGCUUGGGGAUCAGUGACGAGGAAAGAAAGAUGAUUGUCUCAGCCAUGAAAAUGCGACCUGGACACUGGUACAAAUGUCCAAAUGGCCAUGUCUAUCUUAUCACAGAGUGUGGAGGGGCUAUGGAGAGCAGACAUUGUCCUGAUUGUAAUGCUACUAUUGGUGGGCAAAGCCAUAUACUUGCAAGUGACAACCAAGUUGCCUCAGAGAUGGAUGGGGCACAGCACCCUGCUUGGUCUGACGCCAAUAACCUUCUCAACUUUAAUCCACUUGACUUCUAAAAGCCAUUUUAGAAAAGCCUGUUGCUUUCUUUCCACCCUUGACUCUUAGCUGGAACAUGUAUGAGUGACAAAAGUUUGUGGAUUUACUUAAACAAGGGCCUCAACAAAAGUCAGUGUACUCAGUGUAAAUAACUUGGCAAAGGAAAAUAGCAUAACUUUACUUUUUACUGUUUUACUUUAUGGCACCUACGAGAUGGAUUAGGCAGAGAGCUUUUAAUAAGACCAUAUUUUUCUUGCAUGAACUGUACUUUUGAAACGUUUUUCUUGAAAAUGUAGAUUUUAUGCUUGUAUGUCAACAUGCGUCUUGCCACCUUCUGUUAUGAACAGAUAUCAUGCAGUAUUGCUAUUCUAAACAUGAUGAGUAGUAGUUUAUUUUUAAAUGCUUUGUAAAUUACAGAUUAAAUAAUAGAUGAUUGUUCAUAAUGCUAAACUUGGUGAGUCUUUGGUUGCUCAGGACUCCAUUAAGUACCAGUUGCAUUAUGGCUUAACAACAGGUGGCAGUAAAACACUGUAAAAUAACAGUGAAUAGUGACUUGAUAGUUAUUAUGGUUAAUGCUUGUUCAUAUGAGAUUAAAAUGUCUGU